ACUGUCAAUCGAAGCAGCCAUUCCAGGCGAGUGCGGAGACACUAUCAAUCUCGACCACAACUCUCCGACCUCUCAGUUCAUAGUCACAAAUGCCUACCCAUCUGGCAGCGCUGCAUAUUGCAACUGGUACAUCAAUAGUCCAACAAACACGGCGGUUGUAGUGGAGUUCUACGAUUGGCAAACACUAGAUCAAAGUGAUCGUAUCUGGAUGUUUGAUUCGACAGGAAGGCUAAUAUUCCACCUCUAUUCUUACGGACAAUGGAAUAGAGCCCCACAUUCAAUUGUAUCUGAUUCCAGUGUCAGGAUCCAUUUCGACGCCUACAAUUCGGUUUCAGAUUCCUCUUUCGGUGUUAAAGUCAGCUUCACAGAUCAUCUGCAACCCAAUGAUGUAGGCGUUAUUCCUUCAUCCGGUGGAAUCAUUGAAUUGAAUGACAAUUUGACAUCGCUGACUAUUCAGACCAUGAACUCUACUUAUGAGGACGAUGGAAAUAUGGAUAGUUACUGGUUCUUUACUGGUCCAGUUGGACGACGUCUGAAGGUUCAGUUUCAUCAGCUAAAUGCAGGAUAUUUGCACGUCUAUGAUGGUUCUAGCACCAGCAGCAGUAAAAGGGUCUCGAUCUUCCGUAAACCAUCUGUCAUGCCUGAAGACAGGGUUUUCUCGCAGAACUCGGGAACCCUAAAUACCCAUUUCGAUAGUUAUGAAGAAGAUGAGUCGUCGCUUUUUUCAAUAAGCAUUACAGACGAUUAUCCAGUUGUUGGGCAGCAAACCUGUGGCGGCAGAGUAGAACUUGAUCAUUAUCAGGAUCACUUUGUCCUUAACUCCCCAUACUACUACAGUCAGCAGCCAAUUAGCGGGAAAACAGAUUGUUAUUGGUACGUGACGAGUCCAGCAGGUAAAGAAGUGCAGCUUGAAUGGCUCGAUAUCGAGACAACCAGUGAAUAUUUGUACGUAUCCGACUACUCAUAUGAUUCCUAUGGUUACCUAGUGUCUUAUUUCCGAGGAAAUGUUGAUCCAGACCUGUCGCCUUUUGUGUCUACCCAUGGAGCCAUUACGAUUCGUCUAUACGAUUACAGCUCUGGUAUGAACGGGAAAGGGUUCCUCGCCAACGUCUCACUUUCAGAUGCGACUACGGUUGUGGGCCCAAGGUCAUGCGGGGGUACCGUAAGACUGAACGACUUGAUGCCAAACUUUACACUAAACUCUCCAUACUUCUUCUACCAACCAUCGUCAAAUGCCUAUGUGCGGUGCUAUUGGCACGUGUAUGCUUCCUCGGGAAAUGAGGUAGAGAUUACUUGGUUGGAAGUAGAAAUUCCAAAUCAAUGGUUGUCUCUCUAUGACUACCCAUUAUCUACCAGCUACAUAAUUUCAUAUCUACGUGGGGACUUUGACGUUGAUAUAUCAUCUGUGGUAUCUUCACGUGGUGGAUGGACGAUUGAACACUAUGACGACUACUCGGGUAACAACGGAAGAGGCUUCCUGGCACAAUUCAUUCAAAGAGAUACCCAGUACUAUUCUUCCUCGGCAUCAUGUGGUGGCACAAUCCCGUUGACACAGUCUUCACCAAAUGCUACCUUUUCAACCCCAUACUACUAUCAGACCUCUCUAGCCUAUGUUUACAUGGACUGCUGGUGGUAUAUUUCAAGCCCCUCAGGAAAGCAGGUCCACCUUACGGUUUUAGAUAUGUUAACCGGAACCAGUGAGAGAAUAGAAAUUUAUGACUACCCGACAUCGACGUCGUACCGUGUAUCUGAGCUUUCUGGACAACUAAAAUCCCCUGUUAAUGUCGUGUCUUCGCGCGGAGGAGUGACAGUUGAAUACGACGACUUUGGAUAUGAUAAUAACGGUCCCGGGUUUCUGUUCGAAGCGAAGAUUAUAGAUGAACUGCCUUCGGAUAUUUCGGGUUCCUGUGGCGGAGAGAUUCAUUUGAGUACUAGUAUCCCCAGAGUCAGCAUCACUACUCCACUGUACUAUCAAGGUUCUUCAGCUAAUGUCUUGAUAGACUGUUGGUGGUAUGUUACAAGUCCCUCUGGCAAGGAAGUCGAGAUAAGCGUACACGAUAUGCAUACUAAGAACGAGUACGUACAUAUAUACGACCAUAGCCGUAGUUGGUCACAGAACUACCAGAUAUCUAAUCUACGUGGUAAUGUCAGUGAUUCUACAGUGGUUUCAACAAGAGGAGGCUUCUCUGUAAAGUUCGAUGAUACAUCGAAUACUGAAAAUGGGCGAGGCUUUGCCAUGGAUGUCGCACUAACAGACGAAUUAUCCUGGAAUUCGGAGGGCAUUGAUUCUUGUGGUCAGACGGUACACCUGGACGAUUCUUCACCAUCUAUCUCAUUUCAAACACCCACCUAUCCUGUGGAGGUUGCCAAUGAUGACUACGCGUGUUUCUGGUAUUUCACAUGCCCAUAUGGAUACCGAAUUUCAUUGCUUUUCAACGAUUUUGACACUUUCUCUGGUUCCCGUUUGUUUGUCUAUGAUGAUGAUGAUAUUUAUUCAACAACCAAUCGGUUGGCUGCCAUAUCUGCGAGUUCACUCCCGGGAAUAGCACCCAUUCAAUCAUCAAGUAAUCGACUAACGGUGCAUUACGACGAUGCUGACUGGAGUGACGUAACAAAACAACGCGGGAUAAUAGCUAAUGCUUUCAUUGUUCCGUCAGGAGAUCCAGCAUGGGAAAAUAUGGAACCGAUGUCUUCAUGUGGUAGCGCUAUUAAAUUGACUGAUGAAGAUAGUAGCAUCCAACUAAAUACACCCGAUUACCAAUAUGUUAGCGGUAACUACUACGCGUGCUCGUGGUUUAUACAAUGCCCCAGCCAAACGGCAGUUCGAAUCGAUUUUAACGACUUCGGGCUUGACUCGUCCGGAUAUAUUCGUGUACACGAUGGCCCGAAUACCGGAUAUUCGGUGAUUCAACAUUCAACUGGCUCAAACACACCGAGUAGUACGGUUUCAAGCAGCAACACUAUGACUGUGUACUACUACAACAAUUUUGGGACUUCUGGCAAAGGAGCUAGUUUCGGCAUUAGCUGUGUAUUUGAAGUCGAUGUGGAGUGUGACAGUUCAUCUAUGACGGUCUACCUGGACAGGAGGCUUCUUGCAAACGGAACCCAUUCGGAAGAUAUCCAUUUUGAGAAUGUUCAUGAUGAUGGAUGCACAGGGAGGGACCAUAACAACAAUCAAAUCGUACUCUACACCAGAUACAACAGGUGCUCAACCAGGCUAAAGGAAACCGAUACGAAAAUUAUCUACUCUAACAUGGUAACUUACCACACACCUCGACCAAUCCUGGGCACGGUAAUCACUCGUGAGAAUAUCCUUAAGAUACCUGUCGCAUGCGAGCUUGAUAGGCAUCGGCUUCUGGGCGAUUCCUUCGUUCCUAAGACUGGUGAAAUAGUCUUCAACGAAACAGGUUACGGUGACUUUUCACUUCGACUCGAUCGCUACGCAGAUGCAACUUUCGACGAAUUCGCGGAUGAUAACGAAGGCGAGAUUAUCCUUGGAGAACAUCUUUACUUUGCAGUUAAUCUGACAUCAGUAGCUGGCUUGUCUGUCUUUAUCGAGAACUGCUGGGCUACACCAUCUUACUACCCGAAUGAUCAAAAGAGUUAUAACUUUCUUACUAAUGGAUGCCCAGAUGAUCCCACCAUGGCAAUGAUACACUCUUCUGAUCCUUCGUUCGCUAAGUUUGUCAUUGAUGCUUUCACAUUCAUUGAUGAAAAUCCACAGGUCUUCCUCCACUGCGAGGUACUUGUAUGCAAUGAUGAACCAUUAUCUCGAUGCGCUCAAGGAUGUCAAAGUCGAUUCAGACGUGGUAGCCGCCACACCCGUGGAACUAGUUCAACGCCUCAUCUUAUCUCUAAUGGACCUUUGUCAACAGUUCACUCCUCUCUUACAGCAGAAAGCCAUGAUGAUUCGGUCGUCAGUGCGGAAUCGGGAGUUUUGAUUGGUGUAUUUGCCUGUAUCACGUGCUUGAUUGUUGCCAUGGUAGCUGUAGUGCUCUAUAUGAUGCCAAAGCGACGUAUGCUCCAACAUGAAUACCACCUUGUGAAGGACACCGAUGUGGAUGAUGAGUGAUCUGGAUGUCAUGAAGGAAAAUUUAAGUUUUUGGAAAAGGAAAUGAAAAAUAUUAGCUUCUAACCCAUCAAAUAUCUUUAACAAUUCCCUCCAAGAAAAAGCCAACCUAAGAUGAAACAAGGAUACAUGUGAUCUAGAAUUAAAUGUAAAGAUAAUAGUGCAGUUCGAUAUAGGUACGUGAUUUUAAAAAAAAUAGUUCUAGGUGUUCCGGGGUUCCAUGCUUAAGUAUCAACAGAGUACUGGUAGAGACACCGCAAAGUUACUGUACAAUUCAAGUUUACUCAAUACAGAUAAGUUCGUUAAAAUCGUAGUCACCAAACAAUAUUCUGAAAAUUCUUUAUCAAAACUGAGAGCUUACAUCCAAUUUGAUUUAUCGUCAUAUUCGCCCCUAAAACUAAAACAAAUACCUUUUCUAUGUUUGCAUCUGAAGAGAUCAUUAAAAACAUAAAUAUUGGUAAACACAUGUGCUCAUAUUCAUCCUUGAUUUAUAUCGCAGAACACAAAGUUCUAUUACCGGUAAUUUUGAGUCCCUUUGUUCAAUGUGAUUUGCUUUCAGACUUUACAUCUCGGGCGCUUUGGUUCAAUUUUGUAUGCAAUAACGACAUGUUAAAUUUAAUCGAAUCUACUUAUUAAAACUCUAUUCCAACUUUAUUGCUUAAGUUAAUUUCCAAAAAGAGCGAGAACACUUUGGAUCAAUUUCGAUCGGACCUUCGAUCUUGGGAGUGGUCUGUCAUUGAAAAAUAUUUUGCAUGACUAUUAAAUGCACAUUGCUUUGCGGAUUAUCCUUAUUUCAGUUUCUUAUCAAUUUUCUUAUCUUUGCUUUGGGAUUCAUGGUUUACGUAUGCUAUUUUUUUCUUCUUCAUCAUUUUCAUUUCGAUCGGACUUUCUUGGGUGCGAUCUGAUCCAUCAUUGAGAAAUAAUCUUUCGAAUCACUAUAAAAUGCAUUUCGCUUUGUGGAUUAUUCUUCGAUAUUUCAGUUGCUUGAAGAUUUUAGACCAAUGUCAAUCGGAUUUUCUUGGAUGCGAUCUUCGAUAUUUCAGUUGCUUGAAGAUUUCAGACCAAUGUCAAUCGGAUUUUCUUGGAUGCGAUCUGAUAUCAUGAAGAAUACUGCGAUCCGAAGUCAUCAAGAAAUAAUCUUUCGAAUUACUAUAAAAUGCAUUUCGCGCUUUGGAUUAUUCUUCAAUAUUUUAGUUGCUUACAUAUUUACUUGUCUUUUCUUUGGGACUUAUUGAUUAUCCCAAUGUGUAUUUUUUAUUCAUCUGUUCAACGUUGUUCCAUAUGGGGAUUUUGCUCUUUCGUUCUUUUUCAAUCGGAAAAGAUUUACAUUAAAAUACACAUCUUACCCAAAUAAAUCAAUUGGAUUUCAUCCAACUUUAAUGUACAACUGCACGCAAAGGCAGGGCCGUGGAUAAAUUUUAACUUUUUUUUUUUUUUAGGGAAUCAUCCCUCUAUAAAGUUUCUCAUGCUCAAUUUUCAAUAUGAAUAUUUUGAAGGCAAAUGACACCUUUUCGAUUAUUGUGUCGUAAAAUUCAACACCACCGCCACCACCCCAGGCCACCACCACUUAGAAUGUCAACCAUCAUGCUUGUUCCAGGUUCUUAGUCAGAUAUCUCUUUUCAGGAUGGAAAUGGGUUAGGUUUUGAUCCCCUAUUACAAGGUUUCGGAAGGCAAGCUAACAAUAUCAUAUCACACAUUUAUGUAACAAAAGCUAGCUAGUAAAAUUGCCCCCGAAAGAUUCGAAAAAAAUUGUAUACUUCCCCUACUUAAAAUAUAUAUAUAUUUUUAAACAUCUGUGUGCAUGGUUAUUGAAAAAUAUGUGCAAGAUUGUGCAUGUAUGUGCGUAGGGGGCUGAAGCCCCCAAGCCACCUGGUUCCACGGCCCCUUAAUAUUUUUUUAACUGCUUUAAACUGUCCACUAGGGCCUGGAAAACGUAACGACAAGGCUAGGAAUGCAAAUUUGUAAUCCUCAUCCCUUUCAUUGACAUUAGAGAAAUUUCGCAAUCACUGCGCAGACGCUUCAAUAAUGCAAAGAAUCUUUUGUCAAAAGCCUUCGAUGAUAGCCUUUGUCGAAAAUCAGUGAAUCAACACAGCAGUGCCCUCCUGGACCGUGGACAACUACAUAAUUGCAAUCUUCGGACGAUCUGCUGUCCCGGUCCACCAACUUUCGACGAGAAAACUUUUAGGCUGUUCAUCGUGGUUUUACUUGCAUUUUCAAAGGAAUUAGUGCGUUGUAGAAAGCAUCUCACCGUAGUGAUUGCGAAAAUAAUAUGCCACUCUUGAAUUAGUCAGUACACUGUAUAUGUCGUUUCUGAAUCCUGGUGUUCGGGAAUGCGAAAAAAAAUAUCUGUAUCAAAUUUUGGUCUCGACUCAUGGCGAGCAAGGCUUUACGCGGACUUCUUUUUCCUAGGGGGAAAGACGCGUAAAUUUUUUUGAAGAAACUAAAAAAAAAAGGAGCGAAGCGACCGUGCAGGUCACAGAGACGCUUGUAUUUUCAAAAGUAAAAAAUUGAAAGCUUUAGUGCACACUUUUGGAAAAUUUUGUGAAAAUUUAAAGGAAAAAAUGCCCCCAUGCUGCGUAUGGCAGUGAUAUGUACUUUCCUCUAUAUGAUUUACCUGUAUGUGCCUAUGAACAUGAAGUAUAAGUAUUUCCGCAGCGGGUCCGGACAGGGCGCCAAACAAGGGACGUACCAUUUGAUAUCCAAGGGGGGGGGGGGGGGGCUGGAAGAUUAUAGAAAAAAACUUGACUUGCUAUAUUAGCAAAAAACAAAACUUGACUCACCAUCAGAGUAAAAAAAAGAACUUGGUCCACAGACAAAUCAUCUGAAAGGUG